AUGAAAGCUGUGUAUUUUGAGCUAGGGUUGAAGUUUACUUCUAGGAAUGUCUUAAAGGAGGCUAUUCUACAUUAUUCUAUUCAAAGGCACUAUGUUCUAGUGUACAUGAAGAAUGACAAUAAGAGGAUUCACCUUGGCUGUUCACUUUGCUUUUGGGAGAUGACUGCUGGUCCAGAUUGUCAUGAGGCUGGUGUUUGGCAAAUAAAAUUUAUUAAUCAUGAUCAUACUUGCAGCGGGACUUUUAAAAAUAGAUUAAUAACUGAUAACUGGAUUGCACAUGUUUAUCUUGAUAAAAUUCUGAGGGAUCCAAAGAUGAAGCCAAGCAGCAUUUUAUCUGACAUUUAUGAGAAUUUUCAAAUUAAUGUGACAUUGAAAAAAUGUAGGAGGGCGAAGGAGAAAGCUCUAAAUGCAGUCCAAGGAUUAAUGCAAAGACAGUAUGGUUUGCUAAAACAUUACAUGAAAGAACUAAUAAGGUCAAAUCCAGGAACUACUUGUGUUCUGAAGAUGGGUUUCACUUUGGGGUAUAGAAGAAUAUUUGGUCUUGAUGAUUGUUUUUUGAAACAUGCUUGUGGAGGGCAAUUACUUUGUGCUGUGGGGAGGGAUGGUAAUAACCAAAUGUGGCCCAUAGCAAUGGGAUUGGUUCCAGCUAUACAUGAAGUGUGGCCAGAAGUUGAGCAUAGGCAAUGUGCUAGGCACAUUUAUUCUAAUUGGAGGAAAACUCAUAGUGGGAGGGUCCUUCAAAGUCAAUUUUGGAAAUGUGUUAAAGCCACCUCUAUGCCAAUUUUUGCAAUUGAAGCUGCCAAGCUAAGGAGAAUUUCAGAGCAAGCUUAUGAAGACUUCAUGGCUAGAGACCCCCCACACAUUCUAUAUAAACCUAUAGUGUCCAUGUUAGAGGAUAUUAGAUUAUCUAUAAUGGAUAGAAUGCAAGAGAAAAAGAAACUCAUAGGAAAAUUUGUGGGGGGAGUUGCACCUAGAAUUCAUAAGAAGUUGAAGGAAGCAUAUGAGGAGCAAGUUCAUUGUCGUGCCCAUUGGAAUGGGGAUGAAAAUGAAACUGGUUUUGAGAUAAUCCAUAGAGGGCAAAGUCAUGCAGUAGAUUUGAAAAAUAUAACAUGUACAUGUAGGACUUGGGACUUGAAAGGAAUUCCAUGCACACAUGCAGUUAGUGCUAUCUUGCUUAUGAGAAGGAAACCUAAAAUGUACUUAUCAGAGAUGUAUUCUCAAGAAAACUAUUUGAUUGCCUAUGGAGGAAUGUUGAAUCCAUUACAAGGGAGUAAUUAUUAG